AUGCGGACCCCAGUCUUGCUCGCCGCCGGCGCUUUUCUUGUCCAGGUGUCUCACGCAUGCCGAGCCACCGAGGAUUACAGCUUCGAAGCCUCUAACUCCCACUCGGCCGCCGCAGCUUCGUCUGGAGACGUGGAGCCGCUGCGUCUCCUCAAGACCUCUGACGACGAUCCAGGAACGUGGGUCACGGAAGAGGAGAAGAUUCAUGAGUACAUGCUGAAGCACGUCCACUUUAUGGACGUGACCGAAACCCAGGAACUCGAGGAACUCGGCGCCAGCCGUCACGCUGCCUUGGCCAAGCGCCAGUCACCCUACCCUGCACCCAGCAAGCAGAGCAUUGCCAACCCUAUUAUCGCCAGGCUUGUUCAAAGCAACGUACAGAGCACAAUCACCGGUCUGUCUAAUAUAUACAAUCGAUACUACAGGGGCUCCUAUGCUGCAACGAGCGCAAGCUAUGUACUCAACGCAGUCCGGUCGGCAGCAUCCACCAACCCUGCCAUCACUGUCAAGCAGUUUACACACUCCUUCAACCAGCCCAGUGUUAUUGCCACCAUCCCGGGCACUUCCUCACAAAGGGUGAUUGUCACGGCGCACUAUGACAGCAUCAACUCAGCUAGUGUCUCGGGCAGGGCUCCUGGCGCUGACGAUAACGCCUCUGGCGUUGCUUCUAUUCUUGAAGCUCUGAGAGCCCUGGCCGCCGCCAGAUACGCACCAGGCAACACUCUCGAGUUCCAUUUCUACGGCGGUGAAGAGGGUGGUCUGCUUGGCGCGCGUGAUGUCUUCAACCGCUACGCUGCCGAUGAUGUCGACGUCCUGGCCGUCAUGAACCAAGACAUGACGGGCUACUCGACGAACAAUGUCAUUGCCGUCUACACAGACUACGUUGACGCCAGCUUGACCACCUACAUGCAGCGCCUGGUGCCCGUGUACACGACCCUGGGCCUCGUCACGGAUCGAUGCGGCUACGGCUGCUCUGACCACGCAGCGGCACGUGCUGCUGGAUACCCAGCGUCCUACGUGUGCGCCGACACCAUGUCGGAUUCCAGCCCGUACAUUCACACCGCCAACGACACGCCGCGCAGCUCGUUCUACGCGCACGCCCUGCAGCACAGCAGACUAACCGUGGGAUUCUUGGUCGAGGCGUCUUUUUGGUAAGGUGGCUGGUAGGAAGUGCUUCAUACAUGUCUGUACCCUAUAUAUACAUAGUCUCCAACAUGAAGGCUUCGUCUACUCAACAAUGGUAAUCUUUGGCGUCUUGAACACGCUCCAGUUGUUGCCAUGCUCCGGCACACCAAACGGGUUCAGCGCAGCGAAGCGCAUUCUACACGACACGUUAGCAAGGUACCUUCACGUUUCUUCUCAUGGCCACGUACAUGUACUUGCCCGGCUCGAUCUUGGAGCCGUUCCCGAGCAGGCCCUGGGGCCACCAGUACUCGUGCAGGAGCUGGUUCUCGGCGGCGUCGCCGUUGCGGUUCGUCCAAACGACGGGGAAGGUGACAGUGAUGUUGGGGUAGUCGACGGAGCCGGUGGACUUGUCGAGGCCGUGAACGGUGCCCACGUAGCCGUUAUCGCCG